AUGCCUCUGACUCUGACACUAGACGUAUUAGAUCGCUUUGACCUCUGCAUCUCGCUGCUUUCCUCUGAGGAUGGCGUCUGCUCUUGGGAUCUACAAACAGUAGACAAAUCAGCUACUGCCCAGCCCAUCCAACCGGUCUCCCUUCCCACUAAACCAUGCAUCACACUCAAGCUCACCCGCUCUGACAACACUCGCCGUCUACAAGUCGAGACGUCGACUAAUAUAAGCAUCGAUUCUCCACUCCAGCAGGAUGCCGCAUCGACGAUGAACUUAGCUACGCCCACCACCCAAGGUGGGCACUCGGAGAUAGUACUCUCAAGCUCAAGUAAUCCGAACGACAAUCACGACUUAGAAACGUUCAGCUCUGCACUAGACUUUACCAGCAUAGAUUUCGGAGGAUAUAGCUCUGGCGAGCUAUCGAACAUGUUGCUCGGAUUCAAUCAGGUUGAGAAUUCGCAAGCUUCAGCAGAUAUUCCAGGGACAUUCGAUGGCAACGGCUCCGUUAUACCCCUAUCCUCGUCACUUGGACCGUCAAACGAGUUACCUUCCGACUGUAUGGACUACAUGACCGAAUUCGCCGGCUCGAAUCCGCCUUCAUCUCAUAGCGCCCCGAUAGACUACUCGCAGUCGUUUACGCCGACCAGUUCGCUAGACCUUUUCAGCCUCCCGUCACCUGCAAUGGAUGCUUCCCCCUCCUCAGAUAAAGACUUCACUAUGUCUGAAGAGACCGGCGACGCGACACAGAGUUCUCCUUGCGGGCGGGAAAGCUCCCACACCGACUCGGGCGCUGUGGCCGGGCGGAAGCGCAGGAAGCGUCUUUCCUGCCUAGAGGAAGGGUGCACUAAACAGUUUACUAGCGAAUACACUCGAAAGGUCGGCGCUUGA